AUGGCGGCCAGAGUCCUCCCGCUCCUCCUCCUUGUGGGGCUCCUCUCCAUCUGGGCUGGGAAGCUGUCUGCAACAGAAGCGAAAGGGAUCUGCCGGCUACCUAUGGUAAGGGGAAACUGCCUGGCCCUGAUUCCCCGCUGGUACUACAACUGGGAGGCCCGGAGAUGCCAGCGCUUCGAAUAUGGAGGCUGCGGGGGGAACGCCAAUAACUUCAAGACGGAGGAGGAUUGCAAGAAGGCCUGCAAAGGAAUCAGCUGUAGGAAUCCUGCAGGUGUAGGAAUCAGCUGUCAGGUGCCAUCUGCAGGUGGAUAA